CUUCUCGGCGCUAUAUCACGUCGAACCACGCACAUGUCUCUUCUCACAGCUAGACCAUGUCUCGUCCCAUCUCACAGUCGUCCUCGGCCACCACCAAUGUCGUCUCGCGUACCAUGUCUGUCAAGACAAGCUCCAAGAUUCCGACCCUGAAUCCAAUCCCCGUCUCCGAUGUGCGCCUGUUUGUGACCAACCUGCGCCUGCUCCAGCUCGAUUUACGCGACGAUUGGCCCGACAUUACCGUGCAAACAUUCUCAGCCAAAAAUGCGGACCAGAAGCAACGCAUUAGCGCGACUGAGUGGGCCCUCUUCCACCUGUUCCAGAUAUGGGACCCCAAUGAGACUGCCCAGAAGCUCCAGCCCUUCUUUCCUCCCCUUGAACCCCUACAAUCGCUGAACCUCCGAGCCGCGCUGUACCGAUGUCUGAACGAGCUGAAGAAGACCGGUGUGCCGGGACGAGAGUUUAUACUACGAAAAACUAUGCUGGACGAAUGCAAGGGCGAGAAGUUCUACGAGGUUCUGUCUCUGUUCUCCAACACAGUCCUGAAGAAGGUCCUUGCUGCGCGCAAAGGAAAACCUACGGAUGCGGCAGUUGCACGGGAAUUGGCCAUUGCAUCGACGCUAUCGCCUGAGAAGCAGCAGUCCCUACUGCCACUCGCCAUCGCGCACAGAGGAGCUCUCAUCAAUAUCCUCAGGCACAAGGAAGAGAAGCGGCUACGGCUCUUGGAAUUCGAGCGACUGCUGAACACCAAGUUGGACGAUGUCAAUAGCAGGACACAAAAGUCCAAGGACACACCACAAGCCCAAAGGCCUGCGGUACCACCAAAAGAGGCGGAGGCUGCUAAGAAGCAGUUGAAGGACAACUGGAUUGGCAACCAGAAGUGGCUGGACAUCAUGCUGCAUGGCGACGACGUACAACCAGAGGAUGCGUUCCUAAACAAUCGUUUCGAAAAGGUCUGGCAAAUGGUCGAGACUGGUCAGAAGCUGGAAGAUGCCGCUCCUGAGGCUGGGUUGCUCGAGAACCUGCAGUCAAGGGUGCAAGAACAGCAGACUAGGCUGCAGAAGUGGAAGGACUUCCACGAUGAGCUACGUGAAGAUAACAUGGAAGCCUCUUCCACAAGCGCAAAGGCUCCCGCUGCCCCCAAACAGUUCAAGUUCGACAGCCAUCUAGGCCAUCAACUGCCUUCCUCCAAGCAGAUCGGUGAUAGGCCUGUCCAGCGACAAGCUCUGCGGCCCGCGUAUCAGGAUAUCUUGCUUGAUAUGGAUCACGAGUUGUCUCGCGUCGUUACUGCUAAGCCCAAACGUCCUACUAUUACUCGAUUGGCAAAGGGCACCUCAUCAUCAUUCAACGCCUCGCAAACACUUGUCAAAAGCGAGACUAAUCUAGACGUGGGCUCGAAACCUAAGUUACCGGCAAAACCAGCCCUCCCUACGACAUCCAUUCUUCCCAAGAAAAAGCCUCCGCCAAUACCGCCCAAGCUCGUGCGCCCAAUCUUGUCUUCAACGAAUUCAACUGCGGCACCUGUUUCGGUCUCUCCUAAAGCUCUUCCAACGAAGCAAGAGUCCCCAGCACCAGAGGCACACGAUGCGAAGACUCCUAGUCCUGCCUCAAGCCCACUGCCUGCAACCGAUAAAACACCUUCUCCCUCCCGAGACCCCGCACCCACAUACGCCCUCCAACCCCCAACCCCAAUGUUCGAGCCGCCAUCCCUCGACCCCGAGGAAGCCCUCGCCGAGCAAAUCAUAGAUGCAAUGGGCAACGCCACGCCCUCCCCCGUCAAAAAGCCCCAACCCCGAAUGUCAAUGUCGCUCAUGGAACGCACCCGCAUGACGCUAUCCCGCACGCCUUCCUUCGACCCCUACCCCGUUCCAGAGUCCCCCGACCUCUCCCUGCCAACCAUCUCAGCCCCAGAAUCAGACGCAGACGCAGAUGCAGACGUCGACCGCACAAUCUCCCUCGUCGAACGCACACGCCUCACAAUGGCAACCCGCCCCCGCGCCUCCCUCGCUGCAAACACACUCGCAAAAGAUACAAGCAAGUCUAGAUCCCGCGACUCGCUUUUCCCUGUGAACCAGUUCGAUACACCGCGCACCAGGCGGAGCUUCGAGCUCAUGGAGCAGAGCAAGAGUAGCGAGAAGACGCCGAAGGAGACCCUGUUUAGCGACGAGGUCGACUAUGAUCGCGUGUUUAAGAGUCGGCCCAGGAUUGCUACGUCGCCGAUUUUUAGCCCGACGGGGGAUGGGGAUGUCGACAGACGAUUGGGCGAGUUCGACGACGACGAGUUUGAGGGAGAGGUUACGGGCAUUGAUCUGGCGGAUGUGGAUCGGUCCGAGGAUGAGGAGGAUGGGGAGGGGUUUACUAUGGCGUGGAAGGAUAGUCCUAGUCGACGGGCGGGAGCUACGAAGGGCGUGUAUUGAUCGAUGUGUUCUACAUUAUGUACGGUUUUAGAUUAAAAAGUAGAUUGUUGCCUAGCGGGACGGAGUUUAUGUUGUAUACACGCUUUACGAUAUAUCCAUUUGAUAACAAUUCGAGACACGGGAAUUCACGUUCACGUCUAUCGCGCAGGUUUUCGUGAGGAGAGUAACCGAGAUGUAGAUUAGGGG